AUGCAGAAGUCUGGAGCUUGUACUAGGCUGUAUUUCCUUGAAGACUGCAGCUUUAUUUCUUGGCCACCCCUAAUACACACAAAAAGGAACCCCACUGUAUCCUGUGAUAGAGCCUCUGCCUCCCCUGAACAACCCAAAAUGGCUGCUUUUGGACACACAUUCCCCUUCUAUGCUGGGCCCAAGCUGACCUUCCCAACGGACACCACAUUGGCCGUCAUCGUCGCCAUCUUUCUGACUUCACUGGCCACCUUCAUCAUCAUCCUGCCAGGCAUUCGGGGCAAGAUGAGGCUGUUCUGGAUGCUGCGGGUAGUGACCAGCUUAUUCAUUGGAGCUGUGAUCCUCGCCGUGAAUUUCAGUUCUGAGUGGUCUGUGGGCCAGGUGAGCACCAACACAUCCUACAAGGCCUUCAGUUCCCAGUGGAUCAGCGCCAACGUUGGGCUGCAGAUUGGGCUGGGAGGCGUCAACAUCACGCUCACAGGGACCCCAGUACAGCAGCUGAAUGAGACCAUUGAUUACAACGAGGAGUUCACCUGGCAUCUGGGGGAAAACUACGCGGAGGAGUAUGCCAACGCACUGGAGAAGGGGCUGCCAGACCCCGUGCUCUACCUGGCCGAGAAGUUCACCCCACACAGCCCCUGUGGCCUGCAUGGCCAGUACCGCCUAGCGGGACACUACACCUCGGCUAUGCUGUGGGUGGCAUUCCUCUGCUGGCUGCUGGCCAACGUGAUGCUGUCCAUGCCUGUGCUGGUCUACGGUGGCCACAUGUUGCUGGCCACAGGUCUCUUCCAGCUGUUGGGACUGCUCUUCUUCUCCACGGCCACAUCCCUCACCCCGCCCUGUCCCUUGCGCCUGGGUGCCGCCACGCUGCACACUCACCGUGGGCCUGCCUAUUGGAUCACGUUAACCACAGGACUGCUGUGUGUGCUGCUGGGUCUGGCCAUGGUGGUGGCUCACAGGAUGCAGCCCCACAGGCUGAAAGCUUUCUUCAGCCAGAGUGUGGGGGAGGACCCUGUGCUGGAGUCGAAUCCCGAGGAAGGGGGACUCCUGAGCCCUCGCUACCGGUCCACCACUGACAGCCCCGAGCCGCAGGACAUCCCUCUGUCAGAGGCUUCCUCUGAGGCCCCCUGCGAGGAGCCUGACUGUGCCCUGUAA